AUGUCUUCAGAACCCGCUAUCCUCGCCCUCCACUUCAUCGAACUUGACGGCUCCACACAGUGCAAUUCAUCCGGGAAACACCAAGCGCUCUCUGUAAAUAAACACGGUGUACUGAAUAAACCGAAAGACGAUCUUUCCAAUUUGGCGGGUCUGCUCUGGGAGCGUGUGCAAGGCCAUGUCGCCGGCCUCGUUAACGACUGCGGAAGUGCCGCACACAACUACCGACCGGCCUCACCAAGAGUGGGUCAUCAACACACUACAUCCGCGUGCUUGACGAGCGCAGCAUACGAAUCUGUUCUUGACACCAUCCGCGAGGUGACUCACGUAGAAGACGACCCGGACCUUGAAUCUAACAGCCAAGAUGGCGAUCCCGAAAUGUCUGAAACUAUAAUUGUCGACACCACCCCAUCCAUUUGCAACGCUGAGUCUAUCAGUGAGCGAAAUGAGGUGCUCCUCAGAUUUCAACUUGAUGGCCGUAGCCUAAUUCUCGAUUCUGCUCGUCCUGAUGUCGCACCUCAUAUUGUGGUCACACCUCCCGAUUCCUACGACGCCUGGAAUUUCUACUGGGCAUCCCUGACUAAUGUACCAGGUCCCCAAUAUCCUGGUUGGCUGACUGUACCAAUACAGAGUCCUUCACUGAGUACGUUAGCAUCGCUACCUCCCCUGCCCCAUCCGGAGGGUCGUUGGCAAUCGACUUCUCUCCGAUGUUGCGACAAGGAGAGCGGUGAAUCGCCGAACAAUAUCGUCCCUGAACCACGGAAAAUCUUUAGCUCUUUAAGACUACGAGAACUAGAGCGUCAAGUAGUUUAUCUGAAUAACCUCGUCACUGCCGUAAAUCGUCAUCAGUAUAAAGCCUCUGCACUGGCAGCUUCUUCAGUGGCGCCAUCCUUCAGAGAAAGAUGGGAUACGCUCGAGUUGCAACCAUACCUGAAGAGACCGUUCCGCUGGACGGAUCCUGCUGAACCUCUUCUAUCCUCUUACAGUCACUUUCCCGGGGUUAUGGUCAUCGAUUCUACCACACCAUGUACGACGCCGCACAUUGUCGUCCAUGAGCCUCCUCCAGCAGACCCGUGGGCGCCACACUACAACAUGACACCCAACCCACAAGACUGCGGGCAGGGCUACUUCCUCACCGUACCUUCGCCGUUCGCACAGCUGAUGAAUAUUCCCCCGGACCCGCUGGAGUCUUAUAUCAAAGAAGAAAUGACCGAUGCCGGUGAUGGAUCUGAGCAAGCCACUAUUGCUGACAGCGAUGGUCCAUUUACACCCGAUGCAUUCGAUGGGGAAGUCGUCCUGAACACGGCCUUCGAUAUGCCCGAAGACGAAUUUGAAGAUGCCUUGCACUCAUACCAAAUGCGUCUGCAAGGAGUCGAGGAACAGGACGAUGCUGAAUUGUCAAUAUCCGGAUGCACGUCUGCUGGCUUCAGUGUGCCUAUGAAUGACGAUGACGACGACCUUCCUCCUUUUGACGACUGGUAUCAACAGAUCGCGAGUCGUACCACAUAG